AUGGACCCCAAUCCAAACCCUAUUCCCAGCACAGGCACAACAUCGGCCCCCUUUUUCUCUCCCACCUCCCUCCUCUGGGCACACCAGCUCCGACGCGAACACAACAGCCUCGUCUCCCGCCUCGACGCGCUCGAAGCGGCCCUGGCAUCCUCUUCUGCUGAUGGAGUCGCAAGGGCGGGAGAGUUAAAGACAGAGCUUGACAGGAGGGUGGGGGAGGUGGGGGGUGUUGUUGGUGUGGUUAAGGAAGAGAUCGGGGUUGUUAAAGGGGAGAUUGAGACGUUGAAGGGGUGGAAGGGACUUGUUGAAGAGAGGCAGAGGGAAGCUGUGGCGAGGCGGGAGAGGGAGGAGGAGGAGUUGAGAAGGGAAAGGGAGGGGAGGGAGGAGGGGAGAGGGGAGCUUGAGAGGGGGUUAAGGGAUGUUUUGGAGGGGGUGAGGGGGCUGAAAGGGCUUGUGGAGGAGAUGAGGAGGGAGAGGGCGGAAUGGAUUGAAAGGGAGAGGGAGAGGGAGAGGGAGAGGGAGAGGGAGAGGGAAAAGGAAUUGAACACCAUACCCGUCGCAGUCCCCUAUUCCAAUCCAGACCUCAGCGACGACAACGAACCCUUCCGCUCCUCCUCUCUACCACCCAUCCCUCAUCUCCUGCCUAGCCAACAGCGCCCAAAACAUGAGGUCCCUUCCACAAUCUCCGGCACGCCCACAAUGACUCACCUCCCCAGCUCAACGCUAACCCGCAGCUCCCUGCCACCACCACAAGCACCGCCACACAACGGCUACUCCGCCAUCCUCGUCCCAGACUCCACGUCACCGGCCCCCCCCUCAUUGCAUCCAGGUCAAACCACCGCCACCACCGCCGCCUCCGCCACGAGGUUCCCAACCUCCCCUCCACGAGCAGCUUGCUCCCUCGUAACUCAGCCCCCGGGUGAAUUGGAGUACGAAAAUGCAGAAGCAGAAGAACAAGAUAACGGAGUCCCAAUUCUACGCCAGGGGCCUGGUGAAUCUCUCGAGUCGUAUUUGGAACGUGGGGAGGCGGUGCUAUCGCGAAGCCCGCGGAUUGAGGCGAAGCGGGUUGUGCUGGCGUUUUGGCGAGGGGUGGAUGAAGAGGAGGUUAAGCGGGCGUUGGGGGAGGAGUUGGAGACGUGGGGUCAGAGGUGGGAGGUUGUUAGGCGGUUCGUGGGCGAUCUGAGAGGGGAAGGCAGAGGGGAGGGGAAAGGGAAAAGGAGGAAGAGGGAUAGGGAUAGAUGUCUUGACAAGGCCGGGGGUGAAAAGGACGUGGGGGUUUGUGGGAAUGCGGCUGUUGAGGAGAAGAAGAGCAAAAAUAUGAAAAUGAGGAAGAGGAGGGCUAUUCCUGUUAUUUGGCCGGUUGACGAGGAGGGAGAAGGGUGGUUUGUUGUGCAGAAUGGGUUGACUUGA